AUGACUCAUGAUCAAACCACACAGGGCACUAUAUCCCUCACUGUACCUCCGUCCUGUUCGCGGGAAGUCCGAGACGGGAAAAGUCGGCGAAGAUCGAGAUUUGGCUGCCGGAAUUGCAAACUUCGAAAACUUAAGUGUGAUGAAGGAAAACCGCAAUGUACAAGAUGCUGUUCAUUUGGAGUAUUAUGCAACUUCAUGUCUAAUAUCAUCGAUCUCCAGCCCAUCGGCGCUGAUGCGGGGCGAUCAUUCACAGUUCAAAAGAAAAUGAAGCUUCAGCCUCCUCUCGCAAGUGCUAUCUGGACUUCCGACGCAUCUACAACAUAUCAAUUGAGUUCCAGAUGUCAAGACUUUAUAACUCGGUACUAUAGACGGAGUCUCCUCAUCCCGGAUGAUCCUAACGUGAUCGAAGUUAAUCGCAAACUCUUUAAGCUGACCUUCGCCUAUCCUUGCCUAAUGCAUGCGUCUCUCGCUGUGGCACUUACAUAUGAUCGCCAUUUAAACGGCCCCUUAAGCUCUCGUCGAACUGUAGAAGAGUGCUACCACUGGUCUCAAAGCACUACUCUCCUUAACAAACGAUUACGAGAACCUGUCAAACCAGAGGACAAGGACCCAAUUUGGGGUACCGCGGCUGCGCUGGUUAUCUUGACCCUCUCAUCCCCUGAUACAUGCACACCAGAAGAGGCGUGGCCUCUGAAAUCCUCUGAAUCCUCAGAUCUGGACUGGCUUCGCAUGAGCAAGGGUAAAAUGUCAUUAUGGGACAUAGUUAAUCCACUACGGCCUGAUAGCAUUUUCUCCGUCAUGGCGGCAACCUACGCGGUUAUGAACUCGCCAUUACCAGAGAGAGGAAUAGAUGGUAUACCAAGCGCAUUGGCCACUGUUUGCGAUAUGCAUGACCUUUCUACCGCGGAGGAGAAUCCAUAUUUCUCUGCUGCUCAUGCCGUUUCCCGGCUCAUGAGUCUCCCGGAUAGCCAGGUAACAACAGGGCAUGCCCAGGUUUUUAUUUACAGUAUUCAUGGCCCUUUCGAAAAUUUGCUGCGCAGGAAAGAUCCCACAGCACUCUUGCUGUUAUAUCUAUGGUACCAAAAAGGUUGUCGUACUAUCUGGUGGAUUGCACUCAGGGCGAAAGUGGAAUGUCCUUCGAUCUGCCUAUAUUUGCGACUUUAUCAUAGAGACAACGCCACUAUACAGAACUUCCUUCGAGAGCACUCGACAAUCACUUCGGCUUGA